AUGACUUCCUUUGAAGAUCGCGAAUCCAAACUCCUUGACGGCGAUGACGACGAACCACAGCAGCGGUCGGGAUACCAACUGAACCGAAGGUCGGAUACCAGUGCCUAUUACAUGCGCCUGGGGGUGAGAAAGAACGCCUCUCAACAGGAGAUUCGCCGUGCUUUUUUGAAGCUUAGCCAGCAUUAUCACACCGAUAUGUACACCACCCAGUCAAAGGCCAUCCAGAACGCGAUGAAUGCCCGAUUUCAGGAACUCCAAGAGGCCUAUUCGGUUCUGUCGGACGUGAAAAAGCGCGCGGCGUACGACGCGGUGGGGAUCAAAGGCCCGGACCGUCUGGCGUUGGUGCCCGAGGGCUGGGCCACUCGGGAUGAGGUGAUUCACUACGUUCAGUCCCUCGAACGGGAGGCGGAAUUGAUGAACACAGCCAAAAUGCUCUCCGCAUCCUCCGCUAUUACGGUCAACUACUCUAUCGCUCAUUUUUUUUUUCGUCCCUCGAUGAGUUUGCCGGGUCCAUCCUCGUCUUUGACUUCAUCGGCCGCUCUACCGGCCGCUCCUAACGCGAAUGACGAGGGCCAAUCGACCGAACCUCGCGCGCCGACGCCAUCCACCGACGCGUCAAACGUCGGAGAAGCGCCGAGGACGACGUCGGCGCCUCCCUCCCCUUCCAUCCCCUCCCCCAAGCCGGCGUCCGCGGAGGAAAACGAAUCCCCCGAGACGAUUCAGGCGCAAAUGAUGGCUCUUGAGGUGGAAAUAGACGGCAAGCGACAGAUUGUUUUAAUCCCAUCCGCCGAGCUCCAGCACCGCCUUCGGGAAAAAAUUCAAUCGAGCUCUCUCCACACCGGUGAGCGUCCUCCGCCGUUGCCGCGUCAGGUCCCCCAACCCGAUCCGCGGCGAAUUUCGACGAUGAACGCCCUCCUGCUGACUACCCUCCCGCAAAGUAUACUUUUCAAGCAUUCCUUCGAGCACGCGGUAUCGCCCAAGCUGAAUUUGGUGUUUAGUACUCAGGCGAGUGCGCGUAAAAAGAUCGCGGAGCUCACCGUCGGGGCGACCUCGAUGUAUAAACGAGAUUGCAUUACAACUUACCUGAUCGACGUGAAGACCCGCAUGAAGGGGCUCGAAAUAUCCUUUGGGAAGGAACGCGCGCUGAGCCCGCUGUGGAGCUUGCGGACCAAACUCACCUUUCUUGAUGGUGCGCGGUUUCUGCAAAAAUUACAGCUCUCCCUCACGCGGAAGCUCUCCCCGAUUACCGAACUCAACAACACGAUUACCUGGUGUUUGAGGGAAAAUGGCUAUUGGCAGAGUGUGUUGAUGCGUUCGUGGGAAGGUUCCUCGCAAUACCUGGCCUUGUAUAUCGGACUGCAUACCUUGUCGUUGGUGGGAUCGAUCUCCUCCGAGGUGGAGUUUGGCGGGGAGGCCCACGACCUUGCCUAUUCCCCCGCAAAAGGCCAGGUGCAGUACUUCCUCUCAACCUCGCUUCUUUCCGGCGAAACGCGGAUGGGGUUUGAGGUGUGGUAUUACCACAAGUGGUUAAAACACUACGGGUUAUCCUUUUCAACGAGCAUCCCCUACGCCCCGAACCCUUUUGCGGCCUCCGCGUUUUUCCUUCACCGCUCGCCGCACGUGAUGGCGAACCAGCUUUCCCUGCUUUACAAACGCGGCAAACAUCGGAUUAGCAUCCCCAUUGUUGUCCUGAUCUCCCCUACGAUUAGCGCUUCUGUGAUGUGGCUUUCCGCCCCCUUUUGUUUAUUCCGCCUGACGAGACUUUUGUAUCGCUUGCGCUUUAAUGCAAAGACGGCUGAGCGGCUUGGGAGGCUUCGCAUGGAGAAUAUCGCCGCGAUCGACCUCGCGCGCGAGAAGGCCAUCGUGGAGCAGCAGGCCCUGGAGCAGAAGGUGAUGUUGAUUCGCACGCAGGAGAGUGGCUGUAGUGGUUUGGUGAUUAUUAACGCGCGAUAUGGGCUGCUGGGGACGGUUUCCUCGGCGCCUACGUCGCCUGCUCGCCCGAGCGGCACCUCCGCGGCCCGGUACAGCGCAUUUUUCGCGGGGGUCGCUCGGGGGGUUUCUUGGGGUGGCCUCCUGCACGCAUUGCCUUUUUUCUCCUCUCGUAGUUCGCGAAUGGAUUCAUCUUCCGCGGGUUCCGCCAUGAAGGAAGGGGCGGAGGCUGGGAAAGUGGGUAUUGUUCCGUUGGAUGAUGCCGAGUCGGCGGGGGAUGACCGGAUUGCUCCCUCGCUGGACGUGACGGUUGCCCUGCAGAGUCUUGUGCGGGAUUCGGCGCUGAUGCUCCCGGAAGGCUCCAAAAGCCAAUUAGUAGGUUUCUACGAUCCGGAUCCGUACUCCUUGGAUACGAAGCAGCUUAAAAUCGCCUACUGGUUUCAGGGAAAGAAGCAUCUUGCUGUGUUUAAUGAUAAAGACGCGGUUGAAUUACCCCAACGGGAACAUUUGUGCUCAUAA